AUGGAUCAAGCAAAACUCAAGGCCAGCUUCUACAACUCUUCUGCUGCUGCAUCUCUGGACCUUCCGACUCCGCAGCUGGAACUCGAUUUCCGCAUGUCUGUGGCCCUGAACCCUAAGAUCUCCUUAGGUGAAGGUCCCUGGGGACAGCGAAACUGGAUUAGUUUUCAGGGUGGCAACUGGACCGCGAGCUGGGGUAAUGGAACGGUCGAGGUGCGUCACUUCUUUAGACGCUUUCAUUGAUGGUACUGAGAGGCAUCUAUAGCCUGGCGGUCAAGACUCUCAACUCGUCAAUCCAGAGUCACUGAAUACCUUUGUCACAACAAACUAUCUCCUCAAGACGUCGGAUGACACACCAGCUUAUAUCGCGGUUUCGACGACUGGAUGGCGCACUGGACCAAGAGAUGUUUUGGAGAAGUUGUUUGAUCCCAAAGCCGCUGACGACGUGGAUGCCAGCGAGUACAGCUUUAAGUUGACGAUCAAGCUGGAAACGGGAGAUGUGAGGUAUGCUGAACGCUUGAAUACUGGUAUCUGGGUGGCUUCUGGGGCGAGAAGGGGUGCUGAAGGUGAGUUUGUCUGA